CUUUUUCGAAGAAAAGGCUUCUAUAACAGAAAUUCAAAAGCCAUUACAAAGUCUGUUCCGGCGAACGAUCUAAUUUUGUCCGAUCCUUUCCCCUGGUGACGUAUGGAAAUAAUGGAAUAUAGUCUGUUUAUUACUAAAGCAGGACUGCAUCUGCAUACUUGUAAAACAGUCGAUUUUCUAUCGUUUCGCUAACCAUUUCAACAGGCUACAAAAUAUCCAUCGGAAGUAAACUGGACUCAAAAUAAAGUCAUUAGAAGUAAACUGGAUGCACAAUUCAAAUUAGAUCGCAAAUCAGAUCGUGUGAACAAUUAAAAUAUUUUGCGAGCGAAAAUUACAUAUAUAUUCGAAGUUGUCACUUUGGUACAAUAAAUAUUUGGCAACUAUGAUAAAUUAUACGACACUAUAAUUGCAGACUAUAUGAAUUUAGGGCGUCCUCUUUGGUAUAUAGAACUCGCAGAUAGCAGGUGUUUGUUAUAGAUGGAAGCCGUGGAACUUUUGAAAGAAAUUUAUUUCCCCCUAAAUUGGGCAUUGUUUGGCGUCGUAUAUGUGGAUAUAACAAGCCAAAUAUAUACUUCAUAUAUACACUGGAGUUAGGAGUUCGUGUACUUCAGUGUACCACGAGAUUCAGAUACUGUAGUCUUCUUCACUAUAAUAUGCACUAUCACCGCAUUGCAAAACGUUGCCACCAGCUGAAUGUCUGUUUUUCAGCCAUCUCCGAUCAAGCAUGAUCUUAAAUCACGACCGUAUAGUAAAACACCUUUAACUAUCAGAAAUGGAAAUACUACUCAAUAUUUUCCAAGAUACCUUACUGAGUUCAACAGACGUGGUGAAAUAAGAAAUGCUUUAGAAAUAUUGAAAUAUAAAGAGAAAUAUAUGAGCGAAAGUAUUGAUCUUCAAUAAAUUUGAUUCAGGUAUUUUAAGAUUUUACGGUGAGUUUCAUGAGUACAUAUAAAUAUUGAUCAUAUUACGGUGAAUUUGUUUCACAAACUAAAUUUAUUUUGCUAAAUUUAUUUUGAUUUAUAAAAUGGUCUUUUAAGAUUGUAACGAAAGCACGUUAUACGAGUAUCACUUAAUAAUUUCUUCAUCAUCACAAUAACUCCUUAGACUUAAUUGGAUGGAACCUAUUUUAAUACAUUGGAUAGCUCUAUGACUAAGUUAAUGCAAUUCUUAAAAACACUUCUUCCAGAUGAAAGAAUUAAAUAUCUUUUGCAACGGCGGUGUUACUAUAACUACUACUAAUCCCGCUCGUAAUGGAUACUUCUACCAAUUUUAAUGAGUUUCAUAAGGACCGUCUCUUUAUAUUCUUUCAGUGAGAAUAUGAAGCAUACAAUCAGGGAGAGAUCAAUGCCGGGGAAAAAUAACAACACCUUAUCGAAGCCUGGAAAUGGCACCGCGGGAAAUGACUUAGUUUUGGAACUAAAGAAAGCGUUGCCAUUUCCACUGUGGGUUGCAGGAGCUCUUGCUGGGGUGCUGAUACUUCUUAUCCUUGUCUGUCUUGUUUGCAUAUGCAAGAAAUGCUGCUGUAAGAGAAAAGAAGCAGAGACAGAAGCAGAAAAUCAGGAGGUCAUUGAUUUAAAAAGUGUUCAAUUGGUAAAAGCAAGUUAUCAUGAAAAAGUCCAACCUUCAGUGGAUGAGUUGGAUUAUAACAGUGAAGGGUUUGAGGGUGGAGCUGGGUCAGAAGUAGCCAUAGGCAGAAUUCAUUUCACUUUGGCAUAUGAUUUUACUGAAAACAUACUAUCAGUUGGUAUAAUUGAGGCAGAGAAUGUACCCGCCAAAGAUUUUGGUGGAUACUCAGACCCUUAUGUACGAGUAAUGCUUUUACCAGACAAACGAAAAAAAUUUGAGACAAAGGUGCAAAAACGGACACUGGACCCAGUGUACAAUGAGACUUUCCAUUUUAAAAAUCUACCAUAUAGUGAUGUCGGUAAUCGAAUUCUGGCGAUGGAAGUUUAUGAUUUUGAUAGGUUUUCUGGCCAUGAUAUAAUAGGAAUAGCAAAGCUACCUCUCAUUGAUGUGGACCUGGCACAUCCUUUUGAAGAUUGGAGGAUUCUAACCCCACCUUCCAGCACAGGAUGGAGAACGAAAGUAACACCAGAACUAGGUGAAAUUUGCUUUGCAUUACGUUACGUCCCAGCCAACGGUAAAUUACAAAUAACGAUACUCGAGGGAAAGAACUUAAAAAGCACAGACGAAGGUGGAUACUCAGAUCCCUACAUGAAAAUCUGCACAAUCUUUGAUGGAAAGCAAGGCAAAAAGAAAAAAACUACGGUUAAGAAAAGGACAUUGAAUCCCUUUUACAAUGAAACUUUUACAUUCAUUGUUCCCUUUGAAAAAAUUGAAGUAACCUCCUUAAUGGUAGUAGUUCUAGACUUUGAUAGAAUGUCCAAAAGUGAAGUUAUAGGAAAGACAAUUAUUGGUGCACUAGCAUCAGGUGGGCCAGAACUUAGACAUUGGCAAGAUAUGUUGGCUUCUCCAAAAAAGCCUAUUGCACAGUGGCAUGCACUAAGUAACUAGAAAUAGUCAAAAAAAAUAACUGGACUGGUGAAUAAACCAUUUUUUAUUGCAAAGCUACUGAAACUAACCAAUUGCUGAAAUCUUAUUAGAUGAUUAAAAGCUUCAAGGGUGCCAGGGAAUUUUUUAAUGUAGGUGCAUAUUUAAUCAGGUCAUAGAGACAAGUUAUGUCUGGUAUGUAUGUUUCUGUAGGCCGGACCAUUAAAUUAUUAGCAAGCAUGGUCAUUAGCUUAAGCCUCCAGAAGUCUAGAGACCUUAACAUCUUUAGAGGGGGAUAUUCAUUACAGACAGAGCAAGACGACAUACACAAAAAAAGAAUUCCAUCAUCUUUUAUGCCUUUUGUAAAAGACCAUAUAUAUUUGGCGUGGGAAGACUUUCCAAAAUGUAAAAAUAAAUAUAAAGUUCACAACAAUAACCUAAUGCUGUUCACAAUAUUAUUCAUCUUCAAUCAUCUUCUUCUGGUGGUA